UGAAAGCCCUGUGGCGCUGCGCCGCCAUCGGAGCCGCCGCCGCCGCCGCAGCCGCCGGCCUUUCCGCCGCUACGCGGAGCCUUCUCCUCCCCGGCGGCGGCUGCGCGGGCUGCAUAUCCUAGUACGCUGAGAAAGCGACUCGAUGGCGUCGAGGUGCACGGCGAGGCUUCCGUCUCCACCGCGCGUGGCGGCGCGGUCCGGUCGGGCUGUCUCGCUGGUUUCCGUCCGGCCGGUCAAAUCCGGCGUGGCGAGAGGACGUGCCGUCGUGUGCGCCGUUAGCUUCAGGCCCUGUAUCGACAUUCACAAGGGGAAAGUUAAACAGAUUGUUGGCUCUACUCUUCGGGAUUCAUCAAACGAUGGCACACCACUUGUGACAAACUUUGAAUCAGACAAGCCUCCAGCAGAAUUUGCAAAUCUAUAUAAGGAGGAUGAGCUUGUCGGUGGGCAUGUAAUCAUGCUUGGUGCAGAUCCUGCUAGCCAAGCCGCAGCCAUGGAAGCACUACAUGCAUAUCCUGGUGGUUUGCAAGUUGGAGGUGGAAUAAAUUUGGAGAAUGCAAUAUCUUACCUUAAUGAAGGGGCCAGUCACGUGAUUGUUACUUCUUAUGUGUUUAGUGAAGGCAAAAUGAACAUCGAACGGCUGAAGCAACUUGUAAAUCUGGUUGGGAAACAUAGGCUUGUUUUGGACCUUAGCUGCAGAAAAAAAGAUGGAAGAUAUGCCAUCGUGACUGACAGAUGGCAGAAAUUCAGUGAUGUCUUUGUAGAUGAGCCAACAUUAAAACAUCUUGCUGCCUAUGCAGAUGAAUUUUUGGUCCAUGGUGUUGAUGUGGAGGGCAAAAGGUUAGGAAUUGAUGAAGAACUUGUUGAACUAUUGGGACGCUAUUCACCUAUACCGGUUACUUAUGCCGGGGGUGUGUCUACAAUGGACGACCUAGAGAGGAUAAAAAGAGCAGGCAAAAGUCGAGUUGAUGUUACGGUUGGAAGUGCUCUUGAUAUAUUUGGAGGAGAUUUGCACUACAAGGACGUCGUUCUUUGGCACAAGGACCAAAAUAUGGUUACCCAACCAUGAAAUGAUCAGAGGUGUAAUGCUUGAUCUUGUUCCACCCGCUCGAUUGCUAUGCAUAGGCCACACUUGUUAAGUUUUAUACUGCGAAUAAUCCAUUGUCUUCUAUGGUACAAGUUGAAGCUGAGGGGUUUGGUUUCGUUUGGAUCUGGAACUAGGACUGGCAAAGCUGUUUUUCAAGAUAAUUGCGCUAUAUGUUUUUGGAUAUUGAGUUAGCCUGUACGAUGGUGAAACAUAACGAGGGGACCUCCACUGAUCCUCAGCUGACUGAGAAUACUCAACAUUUUGGCGGACCAGCUUAUAGCAUGCAGUGGUUACAAGCUUACAGUAUGUUUUGAUUUCUCUUGACGGGGAUCCAUGGCUCGGAGGAUUAUUAGUGCCCCCAUUUGAAAUGUGGGGAUUCUCCCAAUUUCCUGCGGGUCAUGUGAAAUCACUAUGUAGCAUGUACGGAUGCACCAGACAAACCAAUGUGGCCAUGUUGAUCACUGACUCACUGGCGAUGUUUGGCCAUGAAGUGUGAUAGGAUUGCGUAAUAUGAAGGCCCCAUUUGCAACCAUGAAACGUUUCUCAAUUCAUGCAAGAACUGAUUUAUUUGAAACUAUUAAUGCAUGUUCUGGCCUUGUGGCUGAUUUACAAGGAGUCCUAUUAUUGGUUUAGAUAAGUUCUCAUUUCGUUCUAAAAUAUACAUAUUUUUGGAACAGAGAGAACAGACAACUCCAGUGCAAAUGCGCAAUAACCGGCCUGCAAUGGUGAUGAUCCUAGACAGUGCCAGGAAGGGAUCAAAAGGGUAGGUAGAACGGAAAAGAUUUGGCACUCGACUCAGGUACUCGGGAUAUGCCGGCUGCAGUUGCAGGUAGGAGUAUGAAUUGAGGUAGGACCAUAGGAGUAUAGAGCGUGUUUGUAUGCUAACUGAGCGAACCAGCUUGGCCUGAGCCCAAGCCUGUAACCUGCCUAGGAGAUGUUUGGUUGCUGUCCUAAAAAUAUUAGCUUGAGAAUUUUUGCCUGAACAAAUU